AUGGGCAACAGCCGCUUUAGCGGCAGCAAGGAGCGGGACCGCAUUGAGCAGGAGCGUCGCCGCCGUCUUCUGUACGACGCCGCCGGCAAUCUUCAGCUCGGCGGCCUCCUGCGCAUGAUGUACGACGACUUCAAGGCGCCCGCCGCCAUCGGCCUCGGCGCGGUUGCCUUCCUAUACGGCUACAACCGACUGGUUGUGCACCUGUCCCGAGAGGAGGAGGCAGAGGGCCGGCGGCUGGACGCGCAGAGCGAGGUAACGGCCCGGCAGACGGGCAAGCUGAAGGCCGAUCGAUAUCUCGUCAAGCCGAACAGGCAGAUCGACGACCCCGACUUUCUCAACAUCCCCGCCUUUGGCGGCAGAGGCGUCAGCUCUAGUAAACUCUUGAGCGAUGAUAGCGUGAGCGGCGGGGCUCUGCAUAGCGAGCACAAGCGCAGCUGA